AUGUUAGGGAGUUUGGAUUGUAUGCACUGGCGUUGGGAUAAAUGUCCAACUGUCCAAGCCGGUGCUUACACUGGACACUACCACAAACCAACAGUUGUACUCGAGGCAGUUGCCACCUAUGACUUGUGGAUUUGGCAUGCUUUCUUUGGCAUGCCUGGCUCUCUAAAUGAUAUUACUGUUCUUGACAGGUCGCCUUUAUUUGCUAAAUUAACUAGAGAACGUGCCCCUGCUGCCAACUACACCAUCAAUAAUCACGCGUACACCAUGGGGUAUUAUCUUGCAAAUGGUAUCUAUCCUCGUUGGGCAACGAUUGUGAAAACAAUAUCUCAACCUCAAGGUGCAAAGAGACAACUAUUUACGAGGAUGCAGGAGCCAUGUCGGAAGGAUGUCGAAAUGGCAUUUGGAGUGCUCCAAGCACGAUUUACUAUUGUCAGAGUUCCAACUAGAGGUUGGAGUGAUGAGGAUCUAUUCUACAUCAUGAAGACGUGCAUUAUUUUGCACAAUAUGAUCAUUGAAGACGAGUGUGAUAUUCCAGAAAAUGAACGCAGUGCAGCACAACUUGAGACUAAAACCAAUAAUACCUGUUGUCAAGUGUCACACGAUCCAAAUGAGGAGUAUGCUCAAUUUAUGUUGAAUCGGUAG